UCCUUAAUUUAGUUGUGUCACUUCAUGCAAAAGUAUGAACCUACCCUUAAUCAUAGAACCACUUGCUGUCUGGCUUCACCUUCAGUUGCGUGUCCUGCCAUGGCUGGAGAGGUCAUCUACGCUGAUUUAAAUGUUCUUGAGGGGUCUUUUCGUGCAAACCUACCAGGUCCAUCUCAGCAGCUCAACAACCGCCAGUGUCCAUGUUGGCAUCGAGUUGUUCUGACCAUUGGCUGUGUUGGGAACAUUGUCCUGGUAGCUGCUCUAACAGUCCUGAGUGUCAUGGUGUUCCAGGUCUGCUCUUCAAAUGCCACUAGCAGUAACAACACUCAGCUGGUAUCUCAUCUAAGACAAAGUCUGUGUGAACCACAAUAUAGCAACUCAGCAGGAGCCAGUUGUAACCUCUGCCCUCUACAAUGGCUGCUGCAUCUCAGAAAGUGCUACUGGGUUUCAAAAAUAACUGGGAAUUGGAGCAAGAGCCAUGAAUAUUGUUCAUUAAGGAAAUCCCAUCUACUGGUGAUCCAUAACUCAGCUGAAAUGGGUUUCAUCAUGAAUAUUACAAAAAGUAAAACCCAGGUUUGGAUUGGACUUCAUGCAGCAUCCUCCAUGGCAAAAUGGAGCUGGGUGGAUGGCUCCUUCUAUGAUGACAGCUUGUUCAGAAUGAACCGUCAUGACACCUACCACGCUGAAGGAGACCUGUGUGCUAUCCUGACACGGCAGAAUCAGGCGGUCACUGUUGCUUGCAGUGAGGAAUACAAGUGGAUUUGCCAAAAAGAAGCUGUUCCUAUAUAAGCAAUGGCAUGAAUGGCCUGUGCCGUGCCACUGAAAUGUAAACAGCGCUUGAGGUUGGUCUUAAAGGACUUUCUCAACUGAAUUGACAAAGAAAAAGGUUGGAUAGGGGUCUCCUUUUAAAUAUCAUUCUCUUGUUCUAUUUAAUUAAGAAAUUAAGGCCUAGCUUCACAGGAGAUGCCCAGUUUCAAUCCCUAGGGGCACCAUGUUGCUUUGUGGAAAGCAACAGUCCUGAGUUGGACAUGUACAGUUUGACAUGUAGAGGGCACAGGGCAUAGUGGGGAUUGAAGACUUACUGGUGAGAUUCACAGAAGUCAGCAUAGUUAGAUGCCCAGUUAGAAAGAGUGGUAGGAUGUCCCAUCCCCUCAGCAUACACAUAACGGGCUGUACCUCCCAGCUGAAUUGCAGCUGUCUUCUGUAAUGAAACAAGGAGGUAUUUUUGAUAACUUGUUUUAAUUUGACAAAUUAGGAGCUGAUAGACAAGGGGUUACAUGCUUAAGUGAUGCUCAGACAAGACUGGUUGUUCUAGAAUCACAAACACCGUGUAUCAUUAUUAAUAGUGCAUCUGUGUGUGGGAAGGGGCUUCUUUAUCAAGUAUGGUCAUAAAUCGCAUUAAAAUGGAGGUGUCUGUAUCUAUCCACAACCACAUAGCCAGUUUGUCUGAUUUUUCAAAAUGGAUUUUUCUUCUGUUUGUCAAAGUCUCUGGAAAACAAGCUUUGCGAGAUCCCUAGGCACUGGAUUACAUGUUCACAAAAGAGGCCCCCACCACAAUAGGCCACCCCUGUUCAAACCAGGAGGAAUUCACUCAUUCAGAGCACAGGAGGUGUGUUUAAUGUGGCAAAACCCUGACCUGGGCUCUGGGUUGCCUACUCUGCCAUCUCCAUAUGCCACUCCCUGACUGGCUGGGGCACAAGUUGUCUCAGCAUGGGGACUGCCUGCUGGCUAACCCUACGCUGAGGCACUGUGUGCCCCAGCCAGCCCCACUUGCAGCACAUGGAGCAGUGGGACAACGUGUCCUGCUGCAAACCACAUGAGUAGGGGCAUGUACUGCAGCACAAAGUAGCGGUAUAAAUUUGUGCUGCUACAAAUGCACGCCUCUACUUGUGUGGAUGCAGCCUGGGAGGCCCCGUCUUGAAAAGUGGGUAAUAAGUAUACAUGGCAGAAUUAGAUUUUUAUUUUUUCCAUAAUUUUGAUGGAUAACAUUUAUGUUUAUUAUUAAGCAUUUAUUUCAAUUUCUACCAAUUUCAAUUUUCAGGAUUGUGCAAAAUAAGGGUGUGUAGGGGCAGGCAAUUUAGUAAUGACAGCAUACUGUCAAAAGCUUUAUACAAAUGACAUGUCAAAAUAUAAAAAAUAAAUAUCCAUAAAUCAAUAAAUCAUAUCUGCUUUUAAUAAUUUUGUUCA